AUGGCGCUGCAGAUGGUUUCUCCACAGCUGGAGGAGGUCAUGAAGAAAGGAUAUGCGGCGGCAUUCGAAGCUCACACUGUAUUCCUUACGGGAAGUACGGGGUCUCUCGGGGGAUGCCUUCUGUACAAACUGGCGCUGCAGCUCCCAACGCGAAAAAUAUUUGUUCUAGUGCGGGAAUCUUCCGAGACGGCAGUGAGAAAGUGGAGGAGGAGCAUGCCUUGUCAGGCGCAGGCGUUGCUGGGGUCGAAGAAGAUUCAUUUCAUUAUUGGAGACAUCAGGCAGCCAGAUUUAGGGAUCGAUUCCGGAGGUUUGGCGAGCUUGAGAGCGGAGGUCACUCUUGUUAUCCAUACGGCGGCCAAGAUUUCUCUCGAUUCGAGUAUUACGGAGGCACUUGAAAACAAUUGUUUCCCGUCCCUGGAGUUGGCACGGCUGGCUUCAUCGUUUAGGAAGCUGAAACUGUUUAUUCAGCUAUCCACGGCGUACGCCAAUAGUUUUCUGCCUGACGGGUAUAUCGGUGAACGUUUGUACGAUCUCUCGGAUGCAGACUGCGAGGAGGAGAUAGCGUCUAUUAAGCAGUCCGGCGAGUCCCCUCAUACGUCCCGGUUCUCAUCCUCGUACACUCACUCUAAGCACCUCAUGGAACGUCUGAUGUUGAAGCGUUAUCCAACUCUGCCUUUGUUGUUCGUGCGACCGACUAUCUUCGCUCGCGCCCUCCGACACCCAUAUCCACUAUACGGACUGGACGGCUCGCACCCAAUGGACAAGUUCGCCGACCUUUUGAUUUCAGACCGUGGAGGCAAGCAGACAUGGCAUGCAACCGAAGGGUAUGAGAGCGGUGCAAACGUUCUGGAUGAAAUUCCUGUCGACUUUGUUGCCAAUGCAUGUCUCUUGCAUGCUGCAGCAAAGACGCGGGGCAUUGUGCAGAUUGGGUCCGAGCUAUAUGUACAGCGAACAUAUGACGACUUUUUGAAGCUUCUACGAGAUCAUGCACCAACAAAGAUCCGGGAACAAUUACCGGAGAUCAUCUUUGUGCAAGAUAGGAAUAUCCCACAGCACUGGCUGGCCGAGCUCGUGAAGGUAGCAAGCCGCAACUGGUUGUUUGACUGUGGGAGAUCGUACUGGUUGAAGCAGAUGGGCGGGCCUCUGAGUUUGGCAGCGUGUGAACAUGAUGCAGAUCGUUUGCUCGUUGCACGGAUCGAGGAUGUCUACAAGAAACAUAUGAGACGGAUGGCGAAACUUUAG